CUCGCACCAUCGGCUCGAACGGCACCGCAGAUCACGACUGACCGUCAAUAUCAUCGCAGAUGAUACAGACAAUUGUGUGUCAUUUCCAAAUGAGGCAGUCAGUUUGAUCGCAGCCUUUUUUUGGGCGUCAUCUGGGUCGGAGGCGUUAAGUCACUGAGUCGUUCGGUCCGGGCGGCUCAUUGAUCAGUUGAGGAGAUGAGCGCGACGACGAGCGCGGAACUGGAGGAGAACCGGCGGCUGCUCAAGGAGCUGCUCUGCAGACCAGGCAACGGGAGAUGCGUGGACUGCGGAGCUGCAGACCCCACCUGGGCCUCCUUCACCCUGGGUGUGUUCAUGUGUCAGAGCUGCUCUGGCUUGCACCGCAGCAUCCCGCACAUCAGCAAGGUGAAGUCCGUGGUGAUGGACGGCUGGCAUGCUCCAGAGGUGAAGUUCAUGGCCUCGACGGGGAACUCCGCUGCCAAAGCCAAGUAUGAGCAGAGGGUGCCUCCGUUCUACUACAAACCCACAUACAGAGACUGCCACGUCCUGCGAGAGCAGUGGGUCCGGGCCCGGUACGAGAGGAAUGAAUUUGUCUGCGUGGAACAACAAGAACCCUAUUCCACGGGAUACAGAGAGGGGUUUCUAUGGAAACGGGGGCGCGACAACGGGCAGUUCCUCAGUCGAAAGUUUAUCCUGUCAGAGAGGGAGGGAGCCCUCAAGUACUUCAACAAGCAUGACGCACGAGAACCCAAGGCCAUCAUGAAGAUCCAGACUCUGAAUGCUACUUUCCAGCCAGCUAAGAUUGGGAACCCCAACGGCUUGCAGAUCACCUACCUCAAGGACAAUAGUACCAGGAACAUCUUUGUCUAUCACGAAGAUGGCAAGGAAAUUGUUGACUGGUUCAACGCCAUCAGAGCUGCACGCUUUCACUACUUACAGGUGGCCUUCCCUGGUGCGAGUGAUGCUGAUCUGGUGCCAAAACUGACAAGGAAUUAUGUGAAAGAAGGUUACAUGGAGAAAACUGGUCCGAAGCAUAAAGAGGGCUUCAAAAAGAGGUGGUUCACCAUGGAUGACAGGAGGCUAAUGUACUUCAAAGACCCCCUGGAUGCCUAUGCGAGGGGGGAGGUGUUCAUUGGGAGCAAGGAGAACAGCUACACGGUGCUGCCAGGGCUACCCCCAUCCACCCAGGGCCACCGCUGGCCGUUCGGCAUCACCAUCGUCACACCCGACAGGAAGUUUCUGUUCACCUGCGAGACGGAGGAGGAGCAGAUGGACUGGAUUGCUGCCUUCCAAAGGGUCAUCAACCGACUGAUGCUACCUCAAGAAUACGCAGUGGAGGCCCACUUCAAACACAAGCCCUGAGUAAGUCUGCUGCCAUGGCGUCAGAAGGCAGCAGGAAGGGACGGAGGUGGCACUGCAGGAUGGACCGCGCUACUGCUCUCUGAGAACAUGUCUACGUGUAGCAGGAUUCAAAGCUGCACAUCUUACCCUUCAAAAUGAGGUCUCCCACAACCCCUUUAGCCCCCAGCGCAACCACACUGAGCCUCACCCUUGAUGUCCAUGGGUACCAAGUAAAUGAAUGUUUGUACCAGAGUAUUGUGAAAAAAUACCACAUUGAUUUCGAGAAAGAUACAAUGUAGAACUGGCAUUAGCUUCUGCACAAGGGCCGCCCGCGUGUGGCAGUCCGUUUAGUUACACGCAAAGCAAGGUUGUAUGUUAACGUCAACUGGACUGAUGUUUGUAUUUAUUUUUUAUGGAAUGUGUUUAAGCAUGUCUGUGUCCAUUGGAUCCUGUGUUGGGUCAAAGCUCACCGCACUUCAGUUCCCUGUACAGAUCUGUUCUUAAUGUGUUUACAAAGUGUAUUUCCUUACUGAAGGAAGGAGACAGGCUGACUGCUUACACACUCACCAAGGUUUUGAGACGUUUACCUGGACGUGUGAUUUGGAAGCGUAAAAUGAAGU